CCACACCGUGUAGACGCGCUCUCACCCCCCCCUCCCUCCAGUUUCCCGUUAUCACACGCUGGUGCGAGCGCAUAACCAUGGACCACAAGCGCAAACAAGACGAGCACAGCGAUUUGUUCGCCGGCUUCAGUACGGCGUAUAAAUCGUUCGCCACAGAGGCCAUUCACGUCGGGCAGGAACCGGAACAAUGGAAAUCAAUGGCUGUGGUGCCGCCGAUUUCUCUGUCCACCACGUUUAAGCAGCUCACACCAGGAAACCACGCCGGGUAUGAAUACAGCCGCAGUGGAAACCCCACAAGAAACUGCCUUGAGACGGCCGUGGCUGCUUUGGAUGGGGCAAAGUAUUGCAUUGCGGUGGCGUCUGGGCUGGCGGCCACAGUAACCAUCACUCACUUGCUCAAGUCGGGUGACGGAAUCGUCUGCAUGGAUGACGUGUACGGAGGCACAAACCGCUACUUCCAAAGAAUUGCAACUGAAGGUGGUCUUGAGGUGUCUUUCGCUGACUUUACAAAGAAAGAGCUGCUCAAGGCGGCGCUGAAGGCCAACACCAAACUUGUGUGGAUUGAGACACCCACCAACCCCACGAUGAAGGUUGUCGAUAUAAAGGCCUGUUCUGAGUUGGUCCAUGAAUACAACAAAGACAUAGUGGUGGUUGUGGACAACACCUUCAUGUCUGCCUACUUCCAGCGGCCUUUGGCUUUGGGUGCUGAUAUCUGCAUGUAUUCAGCGACCAAAUACAUGAACGGGCACAGUGACGUGGUAAUGGGUCUGGCCUCAAUGAACCGGGAUGAUCUGUAUGAGCGACUGAAGUUUCUGCAAAAUGCUCUCGGCUGCGUACCGUCUCCCUUCGACUGCUUCCUGUGCAACCGAGGACUGAAGACGCUACACCUGCGGAUGGAGCGCCAUUUCAAGAACGCCAUGGCUGCCGCAAAGUUUCUGGAGGCAGAUCCCAGGGUGGAGCGGGUCGUUUUCCCAGGCCUGGCCUCUCACCCCCAGCACGAAGUGAUGAAGAAACAAUGCACUGGAUGUCCGGGGAUGAUCACCUUCUAUAUUAAGGGGAAACUCGAGCACGCCAGCGCCUUCCUCAGUAACCUCAAAUUGUUCGCGAUAGCUGAGAGUCUUGGUGGCUACGAAAGUUUAGCAGAACAUCCGGCGAUUAUGACCCACGCGUCGGUGCCGGAAAAAGAGCGGACUGUGCUGGGGAUCAGUGACACACUCAUCCGACUCUCUGUGGGUCUGGAGGACGAGGAAGACAUCAUUGAAGAUCUGAAUCAAGCACUGGCUGCUGCUCACCCAAAGACAAAGUGAGAUGAACGGGGCAUGCUCGGGGCGGAGGACUGAGUCGCUAAGAAGACCGGAGCUCCGGACGUCUCAAAUCCUCAACGAUCAACACUUUGUACCCAUGUUCAGCGCUCUAAAGAUGGAGAUCAAACUUUUAGCAAACAACUUUUCCUUUGCCAAAUACAAAUCCUGCUCUCUGUGGAUAAUUUGUACAAUUUCUAAAUUAGAAUUGUUUUGAUGGCUAUUUUAUUAUAACAUUAUUUGUAAUCUAAUUACAAAUGGGUUUACUAUAUUAAGGGGAUGUUAAUGGGGUGUUUACUCUUCAAUAAAGACAAAUCAUUUAAUUAUCUUGAGUUAUAUAAUCCUGCCAUGACACUUGUUUACUCUAGAACAUUCUCCCAAUAUCACUGCUCUGAGUACAACUGUAGCUGUAUUCUGUAUUUAGAAUGUUUUAAUUAUAGCUGACAUAGUUUCCUCCGCGAACAAACGUGUUGAUGAUCCCAUCAGGGUCUCCGUCUCAAACAGGCGACGCUAAUGUUGCCGUCUACUGUCACAGGUCACAAAUGGGUCUCUUCUGUCAACUUCUGUUUUCAGAUCCAUAAUCCAUAAAUCAUUUUAUUAACAAACAAGAUCUCCUUUCAAAGAUACUGACUAGAAAUAUUUUGUUUUUGCUUACAUAAUAUUGACUUGUAUUAUUCUCAUGUAUGGGCUUGGUCCUGAGAAGAAUCUUGUUCCUCUAGUUUGAGACUAAUCAGGACAUUUGCCAAUAAAUUUGUGAGUAUUUA